CCGGCGCUCUGUGGGCCUCCUCGAGGCGCUGGCUGACUGAGCCGGGCCAGGAUGGACGCGCUCGAGUCCUUGUUGGACGAGGUGGCCCUGGAGGGACUGGACGGGCUGUCGGUGCCCACGCUGUGGAGCCGCCUCGAGUCGCGAGUGCCGCCCUUCCCGCUGCCGAUGGAGCCCCACACGCAGCAGUUCCUGUGGCGGGCGCUGGCAGCCCACUCCGACAUCCGCUUCUACGUGGAGCCCAAGGAUCGACCUGAACUCCUGCUGCAAGACCGAUAUGAAGAAAUUGACUUUGAAACUGGAAUCCUGGAGUCAAGGAGAGACCCAGUCCCUUUGGAAGAUGUUUACCCCAUCCAUAUGAUCUUGGACAAUAAGGAUGGCAUACAGGGCUCAUGUCAAUAUUUUGAUAAAAGGGUAGAUGUUACUGAUCAGAUUAGGACAGAAUCUUUGCAGCCCCGUUGCACAGUAAUUGAAGCCUAUGAGCGAUGGGGGAAGAAACUGAUCAUUGUUGCUUCACAGGAUAUGCGUUACAGGGCCUUAAUAGGCUUGGAAGGAGAUCCUGACUUAAAACUCCCAGACUUCUCCUACUGUAUUUUGGAGCGGUUAGGCCGAGCAAGAUGGCAGGGAGAACUUCAGAGGGACCUUCACAGCAGUGCUUUCAAGGUUGAUGCAGGGAAACUUCAUUACCACAGAAAAAUAUUGAACAGAAAUGGUCUUAUUACAAUGCAGUCUCACGUUAUUCGAUUACCAACUGGAGCCCAGCAACACUCAAUUCUCCUGCUCCUGAAUCGUUUUCAUGUUGACAGGAGGAGUAAAUAUGACAUCCUUAUGGAGAAGCUUUCUGCAAUGCUGAGCAUUCGAACUAACCAGAUGGAGACAUUAGGAUGCCUGAGGGAAGAACUGGGUCUCUGUGAAAGAACAUUUAAGCGUCUUUAUCAAUAUAUGCUGAAUGCUGGUCUAGCCAAGGUGGUCUCAGUCCCUUUACAGGAAAUUCAUCCCAACAGUGGACCUUGUAAAACCAAAAAAGGAACACAUGUCAUGGUCCGAUGCCUCAAGCUACUGAAAGAAUUUAAACGGAAGGUAGAAGAUGAUCACGAUCAAGAUGAUGAUGAUGAUGAGGAGGUGAUUUCCAAGGUGAUCCAGCCUGUAGACAUCGUCUAUGAGAGAGACAUGCUAACACAGACUUACGAACUAAUUGAAAGCAGAGGCACCAAAGGAAUUUCCCAGGCUGAGGUGCGGAUGGCUAUGAACGUGGGGAAACUGGAAGCGAGGAUGUUGUGUCGUCUGCUCGAGAGAUACAAAGUGGUCAAGGGUUUCAUGGAAGAUGAAGGUCGACAGCGGACAACAAAGUAUAUUUCCCAUGUUUUUGCAGAAGAAAGUGAUUUAAGCCGGCAGUAUGAGAGGGAAAAGGCACGAAGUGAGCAUCUCACCAUGGUUAACUUGGCUCCAGUGCCUGAAGAGUCUCUCGCACCUGAAGGAGAGGAGACCUUCCACACUGAAUCUGACAGUGAAGAAGAGAACACCAGAAGCACCAAAAGAAGAGGAAAAGCAUCCCACGGUGAAAUGGGAUCAGGGUCAAAAUUUGGUCCCAAGCAUUCAACCCCAACAAAGGCUGGGUGGAGGUUCCUAAACCAACAUUCAACAAAGAAGAAGUCAUCAUCUUCCCUAGGAACCACUGAUGAGACUGAUGAAACCUCCAGGGCCUUUGUUGACAACAUUUUAGAGACCUCCAAAGGCUCUGAGGCCAACAUCUCAUUUGGCACCCACUCCACAGAUGAAGAUGGUGAUGUGGCUGUGAUCGAAGAGGUCAGACUUGAAAACCCAAAGGAAAAUAGCUCUCUCCAGAAAAAAGGGAAGAACCCCAAGGCCGCAGCCCAGGAGAAACCUCAUGAAACUUACCGAGUGCUCAAACGACGAAAUUUGAUAAUAGAGGCUGUGGGCAACCUCCGAUUAAUCGAGAGCUUGUUCACGCUUCAGAAGAUGAUCAUGGACCAGGAAAAGCAAGAAGGAGUAUCCACUAAAUGUUGUAAGAAGUCCAUCAUUCGCUUAGUUCGGAAGCUAUCUGAGGAAGGGCUUUUGAGGUUAUACCGAACCACAGUUAUCCAAGACGGCAUUAAAAAGAAGGUGGAGUUUGUGGUCCAUCCUUCUGUGAACACCAAUGACCCUCUUAUGAAAAGUGCCAUUGAACAGGUUCGUUUCCGGAUCUCCAAUUCAAGCACAGCAAACAGGGUUAAACCACCCCAGACCCCUGCUCCCCAGGAGGAGCUGGAGGAAGAAAAUCAAGGAAAAGAGGAAGUUGGAGGAUCAGGGGAAUCUCACACAGCAGCUUCUAAAUCUGAAAGUAGUGGACGAAUGAAGAAAACUGAUGAGAAAAUGGGCAUAACACAGCUCAAAAAUUAUAAUCCUGUUGUAGUUCCAGGACUUGGACGUUCCCUGGGAUUUCUCCCUAAAAUGCCUCGAUUACGGAUGGUCCAUAUGUUUCUGUGGUAUUUAAUUUAUGGACAUCCUUUAAAUGAGAUAUUUGAGAGGGCUGGUCAAGAUGGUGAAAGAAAGGUCAACAGUCAAGAGCCAAGUACUGACCACAACAGAGUAUGUAUCCAGGUCCCUGGAGGAGGAGAUUCGGAGGCUGAAGUAGAGCUAGCCACUGAAACAGUGUUUGUGGAUGAAGCUUCUUGGAUGCGUUACGUUCCCCCCAUCCCAAUACACAGAGACUUUGGAUUUGGCUGGGCCCUUGUCAGUGAUAUCCUUCUCUGCUUGCCUCUGUCCAUCUUCAUCCAGAUAGUCCAAGUCAGCUAUAAGGUGGACAACCUGGAAGAUUUUUUGAAUGACCCUUUGAAGAAGCAUACAUUGAUUAGAUUUCUUCCCAGGCCAAUCCGACAGCAACUUCUGUAUAAGAGGCGGUAUAUUUUUUCAGUAGUGGAGAAUCUUCAGAGACUUUGCUAUAUGGGACUGCUGCAGUUUGGUCCCACAGAAAAAUUUCAGGAUAAAGAUCAGGUAUUCAUAUUUUUAAAGAAGAAUGCAGUGAUAAUUGAUACCACCAUCUGUGACCCACAUUAUAAUCUGGCCCAAAGCAGCCGACCCUAUGAAAGGCGCCUGUACAUUCUGGACACGAUGCAAGAUGUGGAAAACUAUUGGUUUGAUUUACAGUGUGUCUGCCUCAAUACUCCACUAGGAGUGGUUCGCUACCCUCGUGUCAAGAAAAGCAGUGCUCAGGAUCCGAACAGUGAGCCUGGCAGUAUGGAGACUGACAUGGAGCAGGAGAACGCUAUAGACAAGCACAAUUUGGAACGCAAGUGUGCGAUGCUGGAGUACAUUUCUGGGAGCCGUGAGGUGCUGGAUGAUGGCUCUAUCCCUGGUGAUGGAUUAGGGGCCGCAGGUCUGGAUUCUAGCUUCUACGCACACUUAAAGCGUAAUUGGAUCUGGACCAGCUACAUCAUUAACAAGACUAGAAAGGAGAAUACGGUUUCAGAAAAUGGCCUUACAGUGAGGCUCCAGACGUUUUUAUCCAAACGCUCUCUGCCACUAAGUGGUGGAAAUAAUAGGAUAAAUAUUUUGGGAGAUGCAAAAGCCCCCUCAGAACUCCCUACUGAGAAGGAAGAGCAGUUUGAGAUUGGCAAAGAAAUGACGCAAGACAGAAACAAGAGGGUGAGGGGUGGCAAAAGCCAAAAACGGAAAAGGCUCAAAAAGGACCCUGGCAAGAAGGUUAAGAGAAGAAAGAAAGGAGAAAAGUCAGAAGAAAAAAGCAAAAAAAUGCGCUACCACGAUGAGGCUGACCAGAGUGCUCUACAGAGGAUGACACGUCUGCGCGUGACUUGGACCAUGCAGGAAGAUGGGCUGCUGAUGCUUUGCCGAAUUGCCAGUAAUGUCCUAAACACAAAGGUGAAAGGCCCAUUUGUUCCAUGGCAAGUUGUCCGGGAUAUUUUGCAUGCCACUUUUGAAGAGUCAUUGGAUAAAACAUCCCAUUCAGUUGGGCGAAGAGCUCGCUACAUAGUCAAAAAUCCACAAGCCUAUCUGAACUAUAAAGUUUGCCUUGCAGAGGUGUACCAAGAUAAAGCUCUUGUUGAGGAUUUUGUAAAUCGAAAACAGAACUAUCAAGACCCCGAGGUUUGUGCUGAAGAGUUUAAAGAAUUUGUGGAGAGGCUUAAAGAGAAGUUCAGUUCUUCCCUGAGGAAUCCUGACCUCGAAAUCCCAGACACGCUGCAGGAGUUGUUUAGCAGGUACAGAGUUUUGGCAAUCGGGGAUGAAAAGGAUCAAAGCAGAAAAGAAGAUGAACUUAACAGUGUGGAUGAUAUUCACUUUCUGGUGCUGCAGAACCUAAUCCAGAGUACUUUGGCCCUCUCGGAUAAUCAGAUGAAGUUAUGUCAGUCAUUUCAGACUUUCCGUCUCUACCGAGAGUACAAGGACCACAUCCUUGUGAAAGCCUUUGUAGAGUGUCAGAAGAGAAGUCUUGUGAACCGUCGUCGUGUGAACCAUACCUUGGGGCCCAAAAAAAGCCGUGCCCUGCCUUUCGUGCCCAUGUCUUAUCAGCUGUCACAGACCUACUAUAGGAUUUUUACAUGGCGAUUCCCCAGUACAGUCUGCACAGAAUCUUUCCAGUUCUUUGAGAAGGUCAAGGCUGUUGGCCAGGCAGACCAGCCAGACAGUUUCUCCUUCAAGGAACCAGAAGGUGCCAUGACUGACAUGGUGGCAUUUUCGCUAGAUGGCCCUGGAGGCCACUGUGUGGCCAUCCUCAGCCUUUUCUCUCUGGGACUUCUUGCGGUAGAUGUACGAAUCCCUGAGCAGAUCGUGGUGGUAGACAGCUCUAUGGUCGAGAAUGAAGUCAUGAAGAGCUUGGCAAAGGAUGGUAGCUUGGAAGAUGAUGAUGAAGAGGAGGAAGAGCUGGAUGAGGGUGCUGCGGCCAAACGCAGGAUAGAAGUGAAACCCCACCAGGCUUCCCACACCAACUACUUACUGAUGAGGGGCUACUAUGCCCCUGGUAUUGUCAACACUAGGAACCUGAAUCCCAAUGACAACAUUGUAGUGAAUUCUUGCCAGAUGAAAAUGAAGCUACGGUGUACCCCACUACCCACACACCUCAACAUCCCAGUGACAUCCGUAAUGGAUCAGAUGGCAGUUGGGGUCACCUGCCUCCCUGAUGCUUUCACCAGGUUGAUAAAUACCCAGGAAAAUUCCUGCAGCAUAGAUGAGCUUGUCCAACAACUGAAGAGUUAUGGGUAUAAGCCCACAGAUGUGUCUGCUGCUUUAGGGAUCCAGAGCACCAUUGCAGCUGCUUCCCAUUUUGGGGUAGACAAGGUGGAGCUGAGCACCCAGUUCUCCAGCUUAGAGAAGAUAGACUGUGAACGCACAAGGACCCUGUCAGAGUAUAUUCAGGACCUCUUGGCUCUGCAGCAAGUAUUGGAAGUUGGAGGCAACACUGUGCGUCUGGUGGCAAUGAUCUUUGCCCAACCCUGGCUGUUACACUCAGUGCGCUUGAAGAACAAGGAGGAAGAAACUGAUGUACAAACAGAGGAUCUUCACCAACCCAGCCAGAAGCUGCAGCUGAGAACCCAGGAGGAGCUCUCCAAAGAGAGGAGCUUCCUUGAGGAAACUGAACUGGGUCCUCGGGAGGCCAAGAGGAAGGCACAGCACAGCAGCCAUGUGGGCCCUGACCCUACUCACGAGGGUACAGAAGGUGAUUUGGAAGGAAUGAAUGAGCCACCCCCAAAGAAGGCUGUUCUGAGGGAUGUACGCCUAGAGCAUUGCCCCAGUCCAGCUGAAGAGAAAGGGGCUCUCCCUGCAGAUGAAGGAACAAGAACCCUGGAAACUCCAGCACCCAGAGCUGAGUUAGAAUCAAGUGAAAGUGACCUUCCCAUAAGGCUAUCAGGGACUGAAGGCAAUCGGGGAAAUGCCAGUGACCUGGAAAUGCCAGACAAAGAGCAGCCUGGAAAUCAGCCCCAGGCCCCCGAGGGCUAUGAGGACCCAAAAGCAGACAAUUUUGGAGCAGGCAGCCUCUCCCAAGCAAACCGGGAAAAGGAAUGUGAGAAUGUCUGCUUCAUUGGCAGGCCCUGGCGCAUUGUGGAUGGCCAUCUAAAUAAGCCAGUCUGUAAGGGGAUGAUGGAAGCUGUCCUCUACCACAUCAUGACCAAGCCUGGCAUCCCCGAGAAUACCCUGCUUCAGCACUACCAAGGAGUCCUGCAGCCCAUUGCAGUGUUGGAAAUUCUCCAGGGUCUAGAAGCGCUUGGCUGUAUCAGAAAAUUCUUCCUAAACAAACCACCUGGAGUUUCCCUCUUCUCCAAACCGGCAGUAGAAGAGGAGGUGACGGCCCCUGGCCUGAGUGAGAGGUUGACCGUGUUUUAUGAGCCCACCAUAGACUGUACGCUCCGCAUGGGCCGCGUGUUCCCACAAGAAGUGAACUGGAACAAAUGGGUGCAGAUGAUCCAUUUGUAAGAAGAGGUAUUUGUAUUCACUUCUCCCAGCAUCACUAAAUGAAAGGAGACAAUUGCCGGAGAGCUAUGGAUGGAUUUCCCAGCUGAUGAUUUACAAUGGCUUUGGUGCUGAGUAAUCUCUUCUCUCCCCACCUCACUCCCAAUUAUGACCUUGUGUUUUCUGGGCUCCAGGAUUGCCUCAGGCCAAGGACACUUCCUGCUAUGAAGGAGCAUAAUCAUGUCAACAGUGAGAUGCCCCCCACCCUCCAUCGUGAGAAAAACUAGACUCAGUGUGCCCUAUAGACAUCAGUGGAAUUGGCCUCAAGAAAUAGGCCCAGUGACCAAGAUGGGGUCUGUAGCCAACAAGCUAUACAGAAAUAUCAGUUCUCUUUUAUCCCUCGGGCCCCAUCACAGACUGCCUUUCCCCAGGCCAAUCUCAUGGCAUAUCUUUGUAGGAGCAUCCAGAUUAAAGGCCUUCUUUAGCCCACUGCCUUCUGGGGUACCAGAAGUGUCAUGGGCCUAGUAUAGACGCAGUUUAACACAGUCUGCCCAGACCAUGCUUUGUUCAGCUGCCACUAUCAGGUGCUGAAUGAAUGCUUCAUUCACCUUCUUCUUCUGUCACACAGGGAAGGGAGGAAUACAGCUUUGGGAACUGGAGCUCAGACUGUAGCUUAUGAAUUUCAGAGCUCUGAGGAAUUUUACUGGGGAAAGUGGGCCUGACCAGGUGUCGGGAGAGCCCCAAAGAGCCUUGUGAUUCACUUCCAGCAGGCUCACUUUGGUGCUUCUUAUAUUAGCUAGACCCAAUGCUUAAUGCACUUAGCUGGUAAGAAGCAGCCCCAAAUUUCAGCUGUAGAAUGGGGCCUGGUAUUGAAUGUAAAUAUGUGAUACUACAUAUAUGCUCCCUCCCGGUCAUCCCAUCCCCACAACCCACCUUUUUUAUACCACUUGUAUUGGUUUCUCCAACAGUCACUGCAGUUGUGUGUUUUUAUAUUGUAAAUGAAGUCGUUCUGAUGUAUAAAAGCUUCAGUUUCAUUGAA